CUCCUCCUCCUACUAUCGUCCUCCCCACUCUCUCUCUCUCUCUCUCUCUCUCUCUCUCUACGAAGGCCUUCUUCUUCCCCACCGGCCCGGCGCGCGAUAGCUCCUCCGCAGCCUCCCAUGGCGUCCUCCCCUGGAACCCCUACCACCUCCGCCCCAUUCGAGCUCUCGAAGCUCCUCAAAACCCCCACCACGAACACGACGACGACGACGACGGCCACCACCACUUCUUCGCCGCCGACGCCGCCUCCCUCCGCCUCCUCCGCCGCCUCUCCGCCUCCGCUCUCCUCUGCUGGCCCCUUCUCCUACGCCCCCGCCACCCCGCCGAUCCUCCACCACCUCCACCCCUUCCUCCACCGCCCCGCCGCAACCCCUAACCCUAACCCUAACCCUAUCCCCGGCGCCCGCAUCACGCAACACCUUCACGCCGCCUCACCGAUCGAAUCGGCGGUUUCUCAACCUCCGCCGUUUCCGUUGAAUCCGUCGACCCCGCCGCCGCCGGCGCCAUCGCCGGCGAGGGUGCUGAGCGGGAAGAAGCCGAGGGGGCGGCGCCUCGGCGGCGGGGAACGGGCGGUGCAUGACGUGGACUGGAGGAUGCAGGGGGAGGCGGAGCCGCCUCAGCUCGAGGUGACGCCGAUCACGAAGUACACAUCGGAUCCCGAUCUCGUCCUCGGCCGACAGAUUGCGGUGAACAGGUCGUAUAUCGUGUAUGGGCUCAAGCUCGGGAACAUUCGGGUGCUCAACAUCAACACCGCGCUCAGAUCGCUGCUUCGGGGACACACUCAGAGGGUAACGGACAUGGCUUUCUUUGCGGAAGAUGUUCAACUUCUAGCAAGUGCAAGUGCUGAUGGGAGGGUCUUUAUAUGGAAGAUUGAUGAGGGACCAGACAAGGAAAACAAGCCACAAAUAACAGCAAAAAUUGUGACUGCCAUUCAGAUUGUAGGAGAUGGAGAAUCAUAUCAUCCAAGAAUCUGCUGGCACUCUCACAAACAAGAGAUUUUGUUUGUUGGGAUUGGGAGCAUCGUGCUAAAGAUUGACACAAUAAAAGUGGGGAGAGGAAAAGGAUUUAGCGCUGAAGAACCUCUUAAAUGCCCUAUUGAGAAACUGAUAGAUGGAGUGCAGCUUAUUGGUAAACAUGAUGGAGAUGUGACAGAUUUAUCUAUUUCUCAGUGGAUGACAACUCGAUUAGCUUCAGCAUCAAAAGAUGGCACGGUAAAGAUAUGGGAUGAACGCAAAGCAGUGGCUCUUUCUACACUGAGGCCACAUGAUGGCCAAGCUGUCAACUCAGUCGCAUUUCUGACGUCACCUGAUCGGCCUGAUCACAUUAAUCUUGUUACGGCAGGUCCACUAAGCAGAGAAGUGAAAAUUUGGGCUUCCACAAGUGAUGAAGGAUGGCUAUUGCCGAGUGAUUCUGAAUCAUGGCGGUGUAAUCAAACGCUAGAAUUGAGAAGCACUUCCGAGUCUCAGCUUGAGGAGGCAUUUUUCAAUCAAGUGGUGAUUUUGCCUCGAACAAGCCUCCUAAUACUUGCAAAUGCCAAAAAGAAUGCAAUAUAUGCAAUUCAUAUCGACUACAGUCCAUGUCCAGCUUCUACACGCAUGGACUAUAUAGCAGACUUUACUGUUGCAAUGCCUAUAUUGAGUCUCACUGCAAACAGUGAUUGCCUUGAUGGGGAACAAGUGGUUCAGCUUUACUGUGUACAAACAAUGGCUAUUCAGCAGUAUGCACUGGAUUUAGCAUUAUGUUUGCCUCCACCAAUUGAUAAUGCCGGAAUAAAGAGAGAUCCUUCUUAUUCUCAUAUUUCUAACAAAUCCAAUUCAGGAGUGGCUGAGCCUUCUUUAGGAAGUCCUUUGUUGAAGCCUUCACCGAUUGAUUGUUCUAAUGAGAAAACUAUCACUAGUACCCUUUCAGCAGAUGCUAGUGCUACUGAAAUUACGACCUCGCCUGUUCCUUUGCUGUUCGGCCCUUCAGGAAGACUACCUUCCCUGAAAAGCUCUUCACAAGGUUCUGAGCAAGGACAAUCACUUGGUGAUCAUGACACUCUUAUUACUAGCGCAUCUGAUGUAUCUUCUGUAAAUAAUAAGUCAGGAAAAGAUGAAACUAGUGCUGGUCAAAAUCAAACUGAUACUUCAUUUGUUCCAGCUACCCAUGUGAUGUUUAAGGUUGGUGGCAACACAACACACCUAGUAACUCCCUCAGAGAUCUUGUCUGGUGCCAUUUCUUCUUCUGAAGACAAUCAUGUUAACCAAGGACUGAAAUGUGAGGAAGAAAAAAUUCAAGGUGUUGUUGCUGAUAACAACAAUGAGCGGGCAGGGGUGGAAGUUAAAGUUGUGGAGAAGAGUAGAUCAAAUGAAAAUUUGGAGCUUGAUGGAAGGAAAAUACCUGAAGUUUUACAAGAGGAGAAUAAUGAGAAAUUGCCAAAAUCUUUAGAAUCCAAUAGUCAGAUGGCGAAUAGGGGUCCGCUUUUGACAGACACUCACCGUGUGGAAGAAUCACGCUUUGCAGAGGAUAGUGCUAUUAGCGAGUCAUUGGAACAUUCUUCUGUUACCGGUUGGGAAGCAGAUAAAGACAGCUCAAAAGACAUGCCUGAGAAAUUUGAAGAAUCUGCUGUUGCUACAGCUUCAGAUUUGCUUUUAUUUGAUAAAGAGGAGCAGAAAGUAAAGAAGUCUCAAGUUCCCAGUACACAGUCUCCCUCCUCAAGCCCUUAUAACUCUACUGAUUCAGUAAAUGAACCAGGCAACAGAGAAAUUGUUUUUUUGAGUGAUGUUGCUCUCCCCCAAAUUUCGGCUGUUCAAGAUGCCCUUAACCAGCUUAUUACAAUGCAAAAGGACAUGCAGAUGAAAUUAAGUGAUAUGGUUGCUGUGCCUGUUGCCAAAGAAGGAAAAAGAAUAGAGGCAGCAUUAGGCCGUAGCAUGGAAAAAUCUGUCAAGGCUAAUUUCGACGCUUUGUGGGCCCGCUUUCAAGAGGAAAAUGCAAAACGUGAGAAGAUUGAGAAGGAUCGUUUGCAGCACAUAGCUAAUGUAAUCACAAACUGUAUUAACAAGGAUCUGCCCUCUUUGUUGGAGAGGGCAUUAAAGAAGGAAAUAUCGGCUCUGGGACCGAUUGUAGCUCGUGCGCUCACACCGGUUAUAGAGAAGGCUAUAUCUUCUGCUGUAGCUGAUUCAUUUCAGAGAGGGGUGGUGGAUAAGGCGGUGAAUCAGUUGGACAAAUCCUUGAAUUCAAAGCUCGAAGUUUCGCUCACAAGGCAAAUCCAAACACAAUUUCAAACGUCAGGCAAACAAGCUCUUCAGGAUGCAUUAAAAUCUUCUUUGGAAUCAUCAGUCAUUCCUGCAUUUGAGCAAGCUUGCAAAUCGACGUUUGAGCAAAUUGAUGCAGCAUUCCGGAAAGGCAUGUCUGAACGUGCUACUGCUGCUCAGCAGCAACUUGAGGCGGCACAUACUCCACUUGCAAUCGCUUUAAGGGAUGCUAUUAACUCUGCAUCAUCAAUUACCCAAAGUUUCACUGCUGAGUUAGUUGAUGGCCAGCGCAAGCUUUUGGCUCUUGUUGCAGCAGGAAACACCAAAGCGCUAAACCCCAUUGCUGUGCAGACGAACAAUGGCCUUAUAGCCGCUCGUCCUGAGAUGGCUGAGACGCCACUGGACCCAAAAAGGGAGUUAAGCAGACUGAUCUCCGAACACAAGUACGAGGAAGCUUUCAUGUCCGCUCUUCAAAGAAGCGAUGUCUCCAUAGUGUCUUGGUUAUGUUCUCAGGUUGAUUUGCGGAAAAUAUGUUCCACUGUUCCUCUCUGUUUAAACCAAGGAGUUCUACUGGCCCUUCUGCAGCAGCUAGCAUGCGAUAUCGCCAACGACACGUCCCGGAAGGUCGCGUGGAUGACGGAUGUUGCUGUCGCGAUCAAUCCGUCGGACCCGAUGAUCUCACUUCACGUACGGCCGAUAUUCGAGCAGGUCUACAACAUACUUGGUCACCAAAGAUCGCUCCCGACUGUAACGCCCGCCGAAUCGUCCAACAUUCGUCUAUUAAUGCACGUUGUAAACUCUGUAUUAUUGAGUUGUAAAUGAUCUCCAAUUAAUCCUUGUUCUCUUAUUUAUUAGUGUGCCAAAUAUUAGGCAUUGGUUAAAGAUUGUACAGGGAAAAACGAAAAAAAAAACAAAAGAAAAGAAGAUGAGGAUAAUACUAAAUGUAGAGGGGAGAUGAGGAACAGAGGUUUGUGUUGUUGUCUAGUGUACAUUAGACCCGGGGACUGCAAUUGUCUUUUAGUUUGUUUCAAAUGUGUUUUAAAAAUAAUUUGGUGAGUAACUUUUUGUUUUAA